UGUGUGGGGCUGCUACAUUUCUUGUCACCGGAAGUGGAAAAAAGAGCUAACGCUAGAGGAGAAACAUGGCGGCCCGCACAAGGCUGUCCUUGCUGGUCGUUCAAAACCGGCCUCUGCUUGGAUACCGCAGGUUUGUCCACGCCGAGCUAGCGGCCAGUGAACCCACGUAUCCUGCCAUCGUCCCUUCUCUCACAGCUAAAAGCAAAUCUGCCCGACGGCGACAAGUCGAGGAGCAGGUCAAAAAGAUCUGCGCCUCCUCGGUGCAGGAGAAGAUCGCCCUCAUCACUCGCAUCCAACGGAAGAAGUUUGUGGUUCAUCCUCAGACGUUUGUUCGGGGCGCAGACAGGUGGUACCAGCACUUUACCAAAACCGCCUAUAUCCCGGGCCUACCCGACAAAUUCAACCAGGGUCAGGAGACGGUGGCGAGCGAGGAUGGGUCACCGCCAUCCGCAGCGCGCACCUCGAUACCCGGACUGGAUGAUGAUGCGUUCGCGGACGUUCGCGCUUUGGUGAGCCGUGCGAUCUUACAGGAGCACUGGCAGCUGAGGAAACGCAAACCGUUCCUCUACCGACAGCAGGAAGAGACGGUCGGACCUGUUCUGAGGAACCUGGUGACCGGACUCACCUACAGCCUGGCCAAACACAACCCGCUGCUCCAGCUCUCCAGUCUGGAUAUAAAUGAAAAGGUGCACUUUUAUUGGAGAAGAGGAGAGAGAAUCAUCCCAAAAGGGCACCGGAGAGGCCGACUGGAGCCGACCAGGUUUCAGAUCGACGACCGCCCUCACAGUCAGAUCAGGGUCACGCAGCAGCUUCCGCAGUUUACCCCACUGGAGGCCUCCUAUUCUGCAGAGGUUCCAAAGAUCACUCUUGCUCCCAACGUUAUGCCUCUGUUCAGAAGACAGUAUGACAACAACAUCUUCACAGGUGCUAAGCUGCCGGAUCCAGCUUGUUAUGGUCACACUCAGUUCCACUUGGUUCCCGACGGAUACCACAGAGACCGUAUGGCUCGAAAACAGCAGUCUGACCAGGUCGAGGUCUUCCUCAGAGCCAAUGGUCUCGCCAGCCUCUUCGCCUGGACAGGAGCUCAGGCCAUGUACCAGGGUUUCUGGAAUCAUGAGGAUGUCACCAGGCCUUUUGUGUCCCAGGCUGUGAUCACCGAUGGCCACUUCUUCUCCUUCUUCUGCUAUCAGCUCAACACAGUUGCCCUCUCUGAGGACACGGAUGCUGACAACCCCAGGAAAAAUCUCCUGUGGGGCACAGAGAGCCUGCGAUUGUACGACAGUGUGCAGGACGGCACGGUGGUGGGCCUUAAUGAUGGCGUGAUCAGGCUUCUGGUUCAGUUCCUCAUGAACCGCCCGUAGUUUAUUUUUCUUGGCCACUGAAAACAUCUUGGGAGAUUCUACUCAAAAUAAUGCUCUUCACGUUAUAUAUUCUUUGUAAAUGUAAAAAAAUGUAGACAAAUCUGGGUAACACAAUAUCGAAACAGCUCUUGUUUAAAAGUAAUUAAAUACUGUGCACAACCUGGA